AAAGCUAAAAUCAAAAUAUUGUUUGAGAAAGGAGAAAAAAAAUUAGUGCAACAUCAUUACACCAACACAGUCUCAGUCUCGGCAACUAACUCUCAGUCUCAGAAGUGCUAAAGUAGAUUCCCCGGCGGUGCAAUCGUUCUUUUCCACCGCUUUACGCACUGAAUCAGUUUAGUUGGAGAUCGAUUUUCUUUCGUCGAAUAUCUUCUCGGCAACCAAACAGCUUAUACGAAUUCGUUUCCAUUCCGUGGAUUCUGCUGCUCCUCCAACCAUGGAAGUCCCUGACAACUCUGAAACCACCGUUCCAAAUGAUUCUCCAAGACCAGCUGGAACUGUUAACUGGGGCACAGCAACUGUCAUUGCAGUAUUUGCAGGCAUGUUAUAUGGUGGUAGCAAGGAGGCAGCUGCUUCUGUUAGCAAGGAUGCAGAAGUAAUGUUGAAACUUGGGAGCACAGAAGAUAAACGUGAGCAAUAUCGAUUGAUGAGAGAUGCAAUGGAGAAACGAUUCAUUCGAGUUACACGGGGCUCAAUAGUUGGAGGGGUACGCCUUGGAAUGUUCACUGCUGCAUUUUAUGGCAUACAAAAUCUUCUUGCAGAGAAGCGGGGUGUUGUUGAUGUUUAUAAUGUUGUUGGAGCUGGAUCAGCCACUGCUUCAGCUUUUGGUUUAAUCAUGCCGGGAUCUCUCCUUUGGCGAGCAAGGAAUAUGGCGCUGGGGUCAGUUCUGGGAGCAGCAUUUUGCUUUCCUCUUGGUUGGAUCCAUUUGAAGCUAGUAGAAAUGGCUAAUGAAGAGAACCCAGCUGCACAUCAGCAUUCAGAUCAGAGAGAGGUAAAGAGUGGUGUUGGUGCUGCAAUUCAGAGGCUUGAAGAAAAUUUAAGAAAAUGAAAGCUAUUGUUAGGUGUUAUACCUCUCACGGCCAGCAUGCCUCGUCAUUUUUAUUUUCUCAUAGAAGUGGGUAAUCCUGCAUUGGAGAACAGGGCAAGCACUCGAAUGGCAUUCGUGCCCUCUUUAUUGGAAAAAGUGCUAAUUCAAUAAUUUAGUUGACCAUGUUACUCAGGUUUUUCAUGUGAGAUUAUUGGGCUGUCUGUUGAUGCUUUCAUCAGUCUAGGUCGUUAAAAAGUAGUAUGCAUAUUCUUGAAGUGCUUAUGUCUUUGGAUUUCAUUUAUUCUAGCAGCUCGCAGAGCCAAAAUAAUAAAAACAAAAAUAUUUUAGUGGCGGCAGUAUGAUUGAACUUGAGGAGACAGUUUCUAAGCCAGGAAUGGUGGGAAAUCUGAAAUAAAUGGAAGGCCAGAUUGGGCUACCUGCCCACUUUACCUGCUAUGCACUUCAUAGGAAUGAAAGGAAAUGGAGAACGUUGCAGAGUGAUGCUGCAUCCUGUUCUUUAGAUGGCUGCCUAGGUGAAAGUUGCAUGCUUCAGAUCCAUGCUAGGCUUAUUGCUCUGUAAGACAUCACUUAUACAUGUUUAUCACCUUAGAAUUGUAUUCCAGUUUUGGAAAUGUAAUCAUUCGCUCCUAAAUUCGAAUGCCUCUUUACUGGUGCUCCUGUAGUAAACCUAGGGGUAACAAAUUUAAGUGGAUUUUGUUUUGUUCAUUUCUUUUUCGCACACAUUUGCCAAUAAUUACAGAAAAUUGAAAAUCUGUUAC